AUGAAGCUGAGGCUUGACAGAGCCGAGGCGGAGUUGUGCCGCAAGACGGCGGAGAAUCAGCGCCUUUUGGUCGAGAGUGCAACUUUCAGGGAGCGCUGCAGGACUGUGGCACACCAUCCUCAGAGUUUGCGGGAGGAACGAGGUGGUGCCGCAGCAAGAGCCGCAACUUCUGCGACGAUGAGACCACGUGGAAUGGAAGCUUCCUCAGACUCAAGCCAAGACUCGGAUUCUGCGGAGCGGAUGGGCUUCACGGUCGUGGAUGAUUCUGCCUCAUCGGUGUUGAGCCACUCCUCCUGGUUCUCCGUGAAACCACACUGCUUCGGGACAGAUGCCAUUUUCCGCACUCGAAGCUGUGGCAUCGAUUUCUUCCUGAUGGGGAAGGACUUGGUCAAAGGCUCUCGUGUCCUGGCUGCGGACAAUGAGACCAUCCUGGAAGUUGCCGCAGCUCCUGAGGUGUUCCAGGAGACCGCUGGCUUUGACCUUCAAGCCGGGAACGCAGCCCUGCGGGUGACUGCGGAUCACUUGGUGCUUGUCCCAGACCCACAAGCCGAGUCAGGCAACGGCAUCUAUGUCAGAGCAGGCAAUCUCAAGGAAGGUGACUUUGUCAUGCUCGACUCAUGGGAGCCUGUGCGCCUCACUGGCAUGGAUCCUUGGCUCGCGGAGCGCGAAGUGCUGAAGGUGGUUUUCCAGCCGGACCUGCCCGUCGCCGUCUUCUCCUGUCCCCCGUGCAUUCUCAGCAAAGGCCACAAGAAGCAGCAGACACGCCGUGGAGGCAUGCGCCACGUGAAAAGCAGAGGGGCAGGGGCAGGGGCAGCGAACGACCAGGCCGAAGACGGGCAGAACAGCAUUCCACAGACACAGGGCGCUUACACGGACUGA